AUGAGUGAAACCCAGGAUAAAAAAUCUUUCUUCAAGCGACACUGGGAAGGGUACAAGGAGUUCUGGGCUGAGAGAUUUUCGUUUUUGGAAAACUACUCGAAAGUGCUCAACCCAGAGAAGCCAUUGCCCCAUUGGGACAGCUCUGUUGUGGAAGAGUUUAUUGCCUCUGACCCCGUUCAUGGUCCCACUCUCAAGACUGCCAGGGAAGCAGCUCAAUUUGGUGUUGCAGGUGCUGUCAUAGGAGCAGUUACAACAGCUGGCUACUGUUGGAAGUACUCGCGAAGUGCUCAUGGUGCAGCACUUGCUUUUGGUUUUGGAGCCGUCACUGGUACUUGCUUUGGACUGGAAACUGCGAACCAUUGGUUCCAGCUUUAUAGGUUGGAUACAAUGGCUGCGCAGAUGAAGUUCUACGAAUGGCUGCAGAACAGAGCUUGA